AUGCAUUUAAUUAAUACAGAGGCAGCUGCACUCGAGUUUGCCACCGAUGCUGGACUUCUUCCCAGAGAGGAUGAGGCACCACCUUGCCCCAAGUGCCAGGCACCGAUGAGAAGCAACAACAAGAGAAAGGAAUCAAAGCUGGGAUGGCGUUGGGUCUGCAGCCUGAGAAAUCGCAACAACUGCUCUGGCAUGAUUAACCCCAUUGAAAAACACUUUUUUGAAGGUACAAAAAUCCCAAUAAGGGAAGCUUUAGUCAUAACUGUGUACUUUGUUCUAGAUCACAGUUUCAGCUACAUAAAUCAGCAGCUAAAGCUAUGGAGGGAAAAGCAAAAAUUACCAGUAAUUGCAAAUGAGACUAUUGUUGACUUUUUAUCAUAUUGUCGUGAGGUAUGCGAAAUUUUUGCCUCUCAUCAUAGCAGAAUGUUAGGUGGUAAAGGAAAAUCUAUAUUAAUUGAUGAAACAUUUUUGACCCGCCGCAAGUACAACCGCGGCAGGGUAACCAAAAAUAUGACCAUCGUAGUUUUAGGCAUCUACUGUCGAGAAGACAAAGAAGGAUUAUUUUUCAAGGUUAAAGGAAAAAGCAAAAGGCAUUUGUGGCCUUACAUUAAACGUCAUGUUCACCCAGAAACCACCUUCAUAUACACUGACUCUGCUCCACAAUAUAAAAGGAUAGAAAAUUUAUUUCCGGCAGCAACACAUAAAACUACCAAUCACAAGAAAGGCGUAUUCGUAGAUCCCGAUGAUAAACAGAACACUAUAAAUGAUCUUGAGGGUGAAAACAAACUUUUUAAGAGGUCUAUAAAGAGCAAGAGAACAGAUGAUAUUUGCACGCAGUACAUGGCUGUACAUUAUUACAGGCGGUUCCGCUUGAAGCCCUUUACUUAUGAUGGAGAAAGACUUGCUCAGUUUCUACAGGACAUUAAAGCUGUGUAUCCAGGCCAUGGAAAAGUCGGCCUUGAACUUAAAAUGUUGGACGAACCAACAUCAGAAAGCGAAGGAAUUGAGGACCUGAUGCCUCCAAAGAAAUCAGCCCGACAAGAUGAUGAUAUACCAUUCAUUCAGGAAGAUGAUGAUAAAUGGGAGUAAGGGAACACAGACCAAGUUUUAAAACUGGAAUAAAUGAUAAGAAAAGCAUACAAGUAAAUUGUUUACUAUAAUUUGUGUAAAUGUUCAGAUGGUCCACAAAUUUUGAUUUAAUACCUUUUUGUUUUUCACUACAUGAAAUUGUUAUUUUUUAUUUCCUUUUAGAAUUCAACCAAAAAACAGAGCCCAGAAA